GUGAAUGGGGGCGGGGGAAGCCAAGACUGAGGUGAGCCAAAAGCGGCAGUUAGAGCUGGCUGAGGUGAAAGAGAGUGACCGUUAGGACAAGCUGAGGACUUCUGGUCUGUUCUGUACUUGAACUGCCAGCAAAUUUCAACUCCUGCUUGCCAUUCAACAUCAUGGAUGAUCCGCACAGUGAACAGCAGCGCAUACUGCGCCGCCACCAACUCGAGAAGAAGGAGCUGCAAGAACAGAUCCAGAGCUUAAAAAACUCGGUCCCCAAGACCGACAAGAAGAAAAGAAAGCAGUUACUCCAAGAUGUGGCCCGCAUGGAGGCCGAGAUGGUGCAGAGGCACCGGCAAGAGUUGGAGAAGUUCCAGGAUGAGAGGAGCUUUGAAUCUAUCAUCGAAGACCUGACCAAGAUGGAUCUGGAAAACGAGCCUCCCUGCUCCCGCAAAGCCCAGAGAAAGCGUGAAAGAAUGGAGGUCCUGGAGAGAGAGCGCCAGGAGAGCAACAUGCAGGCCGAGAUGGAGCACCUGACCGGCUUCCGGCGUGAGGAGGAGGAGAAGCUCGCCGCCAUCCUGGGGGCCAGGGGUCUGGUGAUGAAACAGAUCCCAGCAGACGGCCACUGCAUGUAUCGCGCCAUUCAAGACCAGCUGGUGUUCUACAUGUCGGUGGAGACGCUGCGCCUCCGCACCGCCAGCUACAUGCAGAAGCACGUCGACGAGUUUCUGCCCUUUUUUGGCAACUCCGAGACCGGCGACUCCUUCGACUCCGACGACUUCUUGAUCUACUGCGACAACAUCGUGAACAGCAAGGCGUGGGGAGGCCAGCUGGAGCUUAGGGCCCUGUCGCACGUCCUGAAGACCCCCAUCGAGGUGAUACAGGCCGACUCGCCCACCUUGGUCAUUGGGGAGGAGUACACCAAGAAGCCGAUCAUCCUGGUCUACCUGCACUAUGCCUGCCUCCUUGGCGAGCACUACAACUCCGUGAUGCCUGCCCAGGCCGAAGCCGCCAAGGGCGCGGCGCGCCCACGUCUCCAGUAAGCCCAACCGCAUCACCGUCGCCACAUCUCCUCAGGAAGCUCAGUUUAUUUUCCCCCUUUGCUUUUCUCUGAGUUUUUUCCUUCCUUUUACUCAAAACUACCCCUCCCCGCCCCCACUUUCCUACCCUGCUGCAUUCACAAGGUGGGAAAUGAAAUUCUAGGGAAAUUCCCUAGCAAUAUGAGGGAAAUCUCUGCAUUGUACCACCAGAGGAGCAUAAGUUUGAUAAGUUUAACCUCUUCUUGCCCUUAAGGGUCUUUACCUCCCUCACCGACUAAGAAUUGGUCAUGUUGAGUAUAACUUAGGAUAAAAAAUGGAAAUGCUGGCCUGGCGCGGUGGCUCACGCCUGUAAUCCCAGCACUUUGGGAGGCCGAGGAGGGCGGAUCACGAGGUGAGGAGCUUGACACCAGCCUGGCCAACAUGGCAAAACCCCGUCUCUACAAAAAAUACAAAAAUUAGCCGGGCAUGGUGGCGGGUGCCUGUAAUCCCAGCUGCUCGGGAGGCUGAGGCAGGAGAAUCGCUUGACUCGGCAGGCGGAGGUUACAGUGAGCCAAGAUCGUGCCACUGCACUCCAGCAUGGAAGACAGAGCAAGACUCUGUCUCAAAAAAAAAAGAAAAAGAAAAAGAAAAAAAAGGAUAAUAAAUAAACAAUUAGCCAGGAGUGGUGGCAGGCACCUGUAAUCCCAGCUACUUGGGAGGCUGAGGCAGGAGAAUCGCCUGAACCCCAGAAGCGGAGAUUGCAGUGAGCCGAGAUCAUGCCACUGCACUCCAGCAUGGAAGACAGAGCGAGACUCCGUCUCAAAAAAAAAAAGGGAAAUGUUAAGUUAUUAAGUUUCACGUGUUCUGGGAAAAAUAAAUCUAGUAGACUAGCUCGGGGAGUCUCCAGGUUUUCCUAUGAAUAUCUUGGAUUACUGAGACAAAAUUGGAGUUUAUGUGAUUGAAAUGCCUUGAAAAGAUUGUCAUGGUUUGCUCUUUAUUUAAGCUGGGCUACUCAUCAGAUGUCUCAAGUUAUGAACAAGAGAUCUGCUUUACUUUUUGUUUUUUCAUCAAAACUUGUGUGGUUCCUAAUUAACUUUAGUUGCUCAGAUGUUUGCUAAUUCUAAAUAACAGCAUUUGUUAAACAUGUAAGGUAAAUCUGUUAGAGAAAGUAAAUUUAGAUAAACUGAGAGCCUAGAUAAGGUUUACUCUAAUAUGUGAAAGAUCUAAAGUAAAUUUCUUUUAUCAAAGAUAGGAAGAGACAUGACUUUAUUCAAAUAGUUGAUACAUUUCAUUAUCUUUACAACUGGUAUAAAGCAAAAAGAGACAGAUUGAUGCGUAAUUUACUUACCGUAAUGGGUGAAGAUCUGAAUCUAGUAAGUUUCCUUUAUUCUUAGGAUAUAAAAGGCUAUGACUUUAUUCAAGUACUUGAUCCACCUUGUUAUAUCAACUGGUAUAUAAAGUGUGAAAGAUAUGAAUGGAAUAAAUUUCCUUAUUUCUUAAAGAUAGAAAAAUAGCUUAAAAGAUUAUUUAAAAUAUUAAAGUUUUGCUCUAUUUUGUUACAUCAAUAACUGACACGAGACAAAAAAGUGAACAAUGUACUUUUGUUAUUUAAGACUUGUUUAUAUCCUUGAAUUUUACAAAAUAAUAUAAAAGUGAAAUGAUUUGCAGUCAACAACUUAUGAAACUUUUAAUCUUUGCUUUCUGUA